GACAGUUAAACAGUUAACUCGCUUUCCCCCUCUUUAAUCGGGGCGGCUGAGACUAGAUUCUUCUUAACUUUCCUUUUCGUCAUCACUUUUUCUUGCUGCUUUAUCUCUCCGCUUGAAGCUCUUGAAGUCAGCUCGUCCCUCAUUAUCUGUAAGCUCUCUUGACCACGGAUGAUAGCCAAUUUCCAACCCCCUUAAGAGGGAGUCUAGACGACAACCCCCCAGGCACGUCGACAUCCGCAAUGGCUUUAACCAUAAAGAACCUCAACUCCGAUGCCUCGUUUCUCCUAUCUUUCGAGCCCAUCAUCCCUGAAUUCGCACAGCGUAUUGUAAUGCCGAAGCCGUUCACAGUUCUCCUGGACCCUUGGAUAACAGGUCCUUCUAAGGUAUUUCACUCUAAGAUCUCGAUUACGACUCACAUACAUCCGGCAUGCAUAUCCUCGCUCUCGGAGCUCCCGUUCCCACCGGAUCUCGUCAUCAUCACUCAACACAAGAGCGACCAUUGCAAUGAAGCUACGCUCCGGCAGCUACCAGCAAGUGGGACAAACACGAUCAUCAUUGCGGAACCAGCAGCAGCACGCUUGAUCAAGAGUUGGAAAUACUUUGAUCAGGAGAAGAUCCAGACGAUAGAACGAUGGGAAGACCCGAGGUUGACAGGAAAGCAGUCUGUAGUGCGAAUUCCCGUCCCGCCCGUGACGUCCGGAGGUCAAGGGGGUGAAGUCACCAUCGCCUUCAUACCGCAGAAACGCGACCUAGCUGGCCUACAUGGCGCAAUUGGUAUAACAUAUCGGCCUCCGCCAACGCAUCACUUACAACUCGGUAUCCCUACCAUAUCGAAACCGCCCUCGCCACCUGCUACCCCUAAUACGCCUACUAUGCAGGGUUCGUAUAUGGCACUUACGAAUAACUCAUCUACCCUUAAUCCUUUUCUCCUCCCCCCGUCCCCACCAGUAUCACCACGCUCCCUGCGCUCUGUCCAGUCCGCGUCAACCUUGCUUCCCUCUCCGGCGCGCUCAAACCCAAGCAAUUCUUUCCCACGGUCCGUUUCCCAGAACUAUAUUCGUCCCGCUACCUCUACCGGUAUGGUCCGUCCCAUCUCAGUCCUCUUCUCGCCCCAUGGCAUUUCAUACGACUACAUCGCAUCUUACGUCACAUCACAUCUUGUAGCCGAAGCAGCGCUCCCCCUAACGGCUCUCCUGCACUGUAUGGACAGCGUUACAAAUCCAUGGUGGCUCGGCGGUAAUAUCUGCGCGGGCGUACCUACAGGCGCUGAGAUCGCGACACGCUUGGGUGCGCGCAUCUGGCUCAGCACGCACGACGGGGAAAAGAAUGUCAGGGGCCUCGCUACGGCCAUGCUAAAAACGAAACGGUGGCGGCGAGAGGAAGUUGAAGGCGCCUUGGCCCCUGGCGAAGAAGGGAAGCCUGGUAAGGAGAAACCAGGUCAUGUACGGAAGGGCAGUAACUGUAGCAUCGGCGGCGUCACCACAGAAAUUCUGCGCCUCGGCAGCGGCGACGAAGUUGCCGUCUCCGGAAACGGUAUGUUGUGGUGUUCUUCGGAGAAUAUGGACGACCAAUGGGUUAUCAGGGACGCGCAGGCCCGUCAAAAUGUCAAGGUGAAAAGUCAAUGCAGCCUGAGACCAAUCCACGUUCGUAGGGAGAAGAUACCUAGUGACCUGAAGACAAAGAAGUCAUUAAUAGGAGGCUUUUCCAGAUUUAGGUCUGUGGCUACCCCUACUUGAAUAAGUUACCAG